AUGAAUGAAUUAAUUUCGCAGAUGUAUGUGAAAAAGGUUUUGGAGAAACUGUGGAAUACAAUCAGGUGCCUAGAGUAUUUGCAGGGCCAUGAUGUUGCAAAAGGUACGAAUUUAGUAACCGCGAACUAUUCCAGUGAAAAUUUAACCAAUAUAAUACUUCAUUCUUUGAAAUCUCCCAUUUAUGAAUCUGUCUCAAUGUUGAAUGAUAUUUGGAACCAGGUGUCUCAGGAUAUAGUUUUUGAAUUUAUCAACUCUGUGAAGCAUUUGCCAAAAGAAUCCAUGAGAAUCAAUCAAUCGGGUUUUUACUCGAAUAGCGUAUCAGAAAAAUUGUAUCAAUCGCUCACCACUCAAAUCACAGAGACUAAGGAGAGAAUAAAUACCAGCCCGAUUAUGAGGCACUCCAUGAUUGUUUGUCUUGAUGACAUUUUGGUAGAUAAGAAAGAGUUUGAUCCUAUUGGGUGCUUAGAUGUUGAAGCCUUGAAAGGAUGUGCAUUAGGUGAAGACUUCAUUUAUGAUUUAGUGAAGAAGAAAAUUACUGGGCGAGACAAACCCAACCUCCCGGAGCAGGACCAAUCAGCAGAUUUCCAGAGAAACUGA